AUGCUCUCAAUAGGAGUCAACACAUGUGGAAACUUUGGACAUGUGCUGAGAAAUAGUCACCUCGACCAUACGUGGUGGAAGCGAACAACCAAAUAUACCGAGGAACUGCAGGUAUAUGCGAACAAACAGCGAAGCUGUUCCUUCACAGCAACUGGCUGGAAAACAAAGGAUCUCGCCAGCUGGUUUGCAGGAAAGGCGCUGAGAUUUCAAACCCAAACCUCCACCAGUUACGUCAGACUGUAUCCGUCGAACUGUCCCAACUUGUCUGCCUUUACUCUCUGCUUUAGGGCAGCUUCUGAAGCAUCCCACAGUUACACGCUGUUUUCCUAUGCAACGUCAAAUCACAACAACGAGCUGUUGAUCUGGAAAGGGGAUAAAGGAAGGAUGUGCCUUUAUCUCGGCAAUAUUGUAGUUGGGUUCUCCCUCCCAGAAAUGAAUGCACUGCUGAGACACAUCUGUGUGACUUGGGAGUCUACAGGGGGACUGGCAACAUUCUGGGUGGAUGGAGAACGAAGUAUAUGGAAGGUUGGUAAAAAGGGGGGAAUUGUGCAUGGUGGAGGUGCAAUUAUACUGGUUCAGGAACAGGAAUUCCCAAUGGGAAUUGUGAUCAUGGGAAUCCUGCCAAAACUCAAAAAGAGAGCAAAACACAGCAGAGAAAAGCAGACAGCUGCAGUUAAAGAAAAAGGUGACAGCUCUUAA